AUGUCCGCCACCGCCUCCACCUCACUCCGACCAAUCAGCGCCCGCCACGUCGCCAACCCCGCCGCCUCAGCCACUCCCGCGCCCCCACGUCACCAGUCGGCCGUCCCCCCGCCGCCGCGCCUCACCCGCCGUGGCCCGCGCGGGGCCCUCCGGGCCCGGUUCGCCGCCCCGCCGCCUCGGGUACCCGCGCACGCCCGCGCGAGGCCGCCCCAGCCUCCCGUGCCGCCCCGCUCCUCCGCCCGGCCGCCGGCGCCGCCCGAGCUCUCUGCCGCGCCGGUGCGCCGCCGCCGCCUCCGUGUGCUGCCUCCGGCCCCGUCGCCCGUCUCCACCACCUCGCCGGCCCCGCGCCCCCUCGUCGACCGUGCCCUCACCGGAGCUCUCCUCCGGCCAGAUCCGCCGCGGGUGGAUGAGAUCCACCCGCCCCUCCAACCAAACGCGCCCCCGAGCCGCGUGGAUCUCGCCGUCCCGAUCCAUUUUGUCCCACUUCUUCCCUGGGGUAUAUUUUUUCUGCUAAGUCCCUAA